AGCAAGUCGGCCAGAAGAGCUGACAAGACCCACCUGACCCCUUCUACUCCGUAAACCCAGGUCUGCGCGGCGGGGCGGGGCCGGAGGAAGUGUAUCUGGGUCCCUUCCGGUGGUGCGCAGCUUCCGCAGCUCCCUCAGCUGCGCACUCCGCGUUCCGGAUUGGAGGCGUCCGCCCCGCCCCUGCCGCCGAGGCCUCCCCCGCCCGGCGCCAUGGCCGCUGCGGCCGGGGACGGCGCGGCGAAGCCGCUGCAAAGCGCCAUGAAACUGGCCAACAAGGCCAUCGAGCUAGACACCGGCAACCGGCCCCGGGAAGCGUACGUGGAAUACCUUCGGAGCAUCCACUACAUCUCCCAGGUGUUGCUGGAGGAUGUGGGCAACACUACAGAAGCUGGGGAAACUGUGCCCCCUGAGACUUCAAAGAUGCUGAAGCUGGCGGAACAGUGUCUGGAGCGAGCCCAGUCAACAGCUACCAAACUUGGGAAAAUAUGCCUGAAGCCAGCCGGACCUGUGGCUCCUCCCGUACCCUUGCCAACCAGCCGACACCGCCGAGUGUGUUCAGAUGAAGGGGGGAAGCUCUCUCCUUUCCUGCCUCCUGAGAUCUUCCAGAAGCUGCAGGUGGCAGAAUCACAGAACUCUAAGAAGGAGCUGACACCACUGGAGAAGGCCUCACUACAAAACCAGAAGCUGAGGGCCACAUAUGAGGCCCGGAUGGCCCGUCUGGACCCCAGCCAGGCCAUGCAGAAGACAUCACUGACCCUGUCUCUACAGCGGCAGAUGAUGGAGAAUCUGGUAAUCGCCAAAGCAAGAGAAGAGACACUGCAGCGCAAGAUGGAAGAGCGGCGCCUGCGCCUUCAGGAGGCUGCCAACAGGAGGUUCUGCAGUCAAGUUGCUCUGACCCCAGAGGAGCGGGAGCAGCGAGCCCUCUAUGCUGCCAUCCUGGAGUAUGAGCAAGACCAUGACUGGCCAAAGCACUGGAGAGCCAAGCUCAGGCGGAGCCCGGGGGACCUGUCACUGGUGACCAGCCUAGUCUCCCACUUACUCAGCCUUCCUGAUCACCCAAUCUCCCAGCUCCUGAAGAAGCUCCAGUGCUCAGUGUACAGUGCGCUGUACCCUGUUGUGAGCCGGGCUGCCAUCAGUGCUGCGCCUGCCCCGGGCAGCUGCUCCCUCCCCCCAGAAGCCAAUGGCCUCCUGGCCCCUGGGAGCCGGCGACUUCGGUCUUCCCAGAGCCUCUACUGCAUGCUUUCCCCCUCAGAGCCCAGUGCAGCCCCAAGAGCUCUGGAUGGACCUCCCUCCACACCUAUCCCCACACUCCACUCAGGCCCCCUGGACAGAGAGGCAGACGGCAGCCCAGCAGGGCCCUCCUCACCCCUGGUGGAUGCUUUAUCCCACCUGCCAGACAAGGACAGCUCCUUCGAGGACCUGGAACAGUUUUUGGCUAUGUCUGAGCCACAGACCCCAGGAACAAAGAAGGAGCCCUUGCUGGAAUGUCUGAAGAGCACAGUAAAGGACAUUCACAAUGCCAUUGAUAGACUGCUCUCGCUGACCCUCUUGGCCUUCGAAAGCCUGAACACAGCCGCCUCCAAGGACCGCUGCCUGGCGUGCAUUGAGGAGCCCUUCUUCUCCCCACUGUGGCCCCUGCUGCUGGCCCUCUACAGGAGUGUGCACCGUACCCGGGAGGCUGCUGUGAGCAGGAGCAUGGAGCUGUACAGGAAUGCACCCCCUACAGCCCUUGGCAUCCCCACCAAGCUCCUCCCACGUGUCCCUGAGGCUCAGGCCUCCACCUACCCCUACUGCACUGCAGCCCAAGAACUGGGGCUGCUGGUCUUGGAGAGCUGCCCCCAGAAGAAGCUGGAGUGCAUCGUGCGGACCCUGAGGGUCAUCUGCAUCUGUGCAGAAGACUACUGUCGCGCCCAGGAGGCCAGGCCUGAGGGUGGAUCCCAGCCCCCUGCUGCUGCCAUUGGUGCUGAUGACUUGCUGCCCAUUCUGUCCUUCGUGGUGCUGAGAAGUGGCCUCCCCCAGCUGGUGUCAGAGUGUGCAGCCCUGGAGGAGUUCACUCAUGAAGGGUACUUGAUUGGAGAGGAAGGGUACUGCCUGACAUCACUGCAGAGCGCCCUGAGCUAUGUGGAACUUCUCUCCCGGGGACGGCUGGACAAGUAGUGGUGGCUGGACCUCACAGACCAAAGGAGCCACAGGACCUCCACACUGCACUGUACAUCUGGUCUGGGGACACUGGAGGCAGCCUGCUGUGGUGGUGCUCUAUAGCUCCUGCCCGCCUUCUUUACCGUAACUCUGUCUUGGAGGCCUGGAACAGUGCCUCUUUCGCAGGCCAUGGCUAGCUGAGUCAGGCCUGCUCUGUCUUGGGCUUGCCUCUCAGACCCCACAGGAGAAAUCUGUAGCUGCUGUUCCGUGGGGAGCCAGCAACACUGCUGGGCCUCCAGUAAACCUGGUGGCCCUCACUGUUCUCGUGGACACUAGGCAGCCCCUACUGGGGCAUCUAUCAGCACAGAGAUGGGGAUUGGACAGGCCAGUCUAGUUUCGCACCCCUCCAGUCUCCUGAGACAGCCUAAGUUUGUGUGAGCCAGUUUCUUGUUAGUAACAAGUGGGCUUUACCCUGCCCAGAGGACUGGGUGUAGGUAGUGUGAGGCUGUGUUGUUCAUUUACCAGGCAGCAGCUGCCCUGUUUGCUCUUACUGGCCCAGGUAUCACUGCCCAGGCCUGGGAUAUGAGCCUUUCUCUUACUGAGGUCCAGGACAGCCUGCCCUGGGCUUAUCUUGGUUGGGGACAGUGAACUACGUUCAGGACACUGGCUAACAAACACAUUUGUACAGACUCUUCAAUGUCAGAGUCUAAAGGUCAGCCCCUAAACUGUUACAUGUCUCUAGGUGGCCACCAACUCGGCCUAAAAUAAAAAGUCACUCCAUCUAA